GAGACUCAGAGCUUGUCAGACUACCUGCCUUCAUGGUCGAACAUAAUAAUCUUAAGCUUGAAUGUUUAACACCUUGAUGGGAAAGGUGUCUCAUGGAAUGUUUUCUCAUCCUUUGAAUACUCUUCAUUUCAGAAGCUUUGCUUCUGCCGCAACCAAACAUGUCACUUAGUUUGCUAAGCAGGAAGGAGAAAGAAAGAGUAAUUCGCAGACUGUUAAUACAGGCUCCUCCAGGGGAAUUUGUAAACGCCUUUGAUGAUCUCUGUCUGCUUAUCCGUGAUGAAAAACUUAUGCACCAUCAAGGUGAGUGUGCAGGCCACCAACACUGCCAAAAAUAUUCUGUGCCACUCCGCAUCGAUGGAAAUCCAGUACUCUUGUCUCACCACAAUGUAAUGGGUAACUACCGGUUUUUUGACUAUCAGAGCAAACUUUCUUUCAAAUUUGACCUGCUUCAAAAUCAGUUAAGAGACAUCCAAAGUCACGGUAUCAUUCGGAAUGAGACAGAAUACCUGAGAACUGUUGUUCUGUGUGCCUUAAAACUGUAUGUGAGUGAUCACUACCCAGCAGGAAAUUGCAACGUGCUGAGAAAAACUAUCAAAAAUAGGGAGUUCUUGAUAGCUUGCAUUGAGGAUCACAACUAUGAAUCAGGACAAUGCUGGAAUGGUCUUUGGAAAUCUAAAUGGAUUUUCCAGGUGAACCCUUUUCUAACGUUAGUGACUGGAAGAAUUUUUGUGCAAGCUCACUUCUUCAGGUGUGUCAACCUUCAUGUUGAAAUCUCCAAGGAUGUGAAAGAAAGCUUGGAAAUAGUCAACCAAGCUCAGCUGGCUCUAAGUUUUGCAAGGCUUGUGGAAGACCAAGAGAAUAAAUUUCAAGCUGCGGUCCUAGAAGAACUACAGGAGCUAUCAAACGAAGCCCUGAGAAAAAUUCUACGAAGGGAUCUUCCAGUGACCCGCACUCUUAUUGACUGGCAGAGGAUACUCUCUGACUUGAAUCUGGUGAUGUAUCCUAAAUUAGGAUAUGUCAUUUAUUCAAGAAGUGUGUUGUGCAACUGGAUAAUAUAAAGGACUGCUCCUGGUAAUUGUCUCGA